AUGCUGCUCGAUCGCCAGAUUCCCUCGCUGAAUCCGCGUUUUGCCAUCUUCUUUGCCUGCGGGGUUGCGCUGCUGCUUUUUGCCAUCUAUCACAUCACGCUAUAUACAGAACAUGGCCCCUUCUACAAGGGCAACGUUGGGUCGAGAGUAGGGAGCCACGCCCCAGCGUCCGAGCCGAAGACCGCUGUGUCACAGCCGAACCAACCAAAGCCGAAACCAACGCUGGAAGAGACGAUACGAGAGUUGUUUGCGCCGAUCAAGCACAAGGAUUUUGUGUCGAGUUUCACGGAUCCGACCGGCACCGUGUAUACGCAUAACAACAACAUAUGGACUGAGCCUCUGGGGAAGGACCUCCUGAUCGUGGACGUGGACACCAGGUAUCCAGAGCAGAUGUUCGACCCUAGCAAACGGGUCGAUUGGGAACAUCUCGACACGGAUAAUCUCGUCACGGAAGCGGUAUUCAACCACUACCUCUACGCCACCAUCCACAACUACUCCUACCUCUUCUACCGCCCCAUCCCCGUCCCGGGGCACCACAAAACCUGGCCCAAAGUCCACUCCAUCUCCAACCUCCUGCCCCAAUACAAAUUCGUCGUCUUCCUCGACGCCGACGCCACCAUCCGCCACCUGCACCUCCCCUUCGAAUGGCUCCUCAACCGCUGGAACGUCACGCGCCGCACCUCCUUCACCAUGGCGCGCGACCCCCUCGACGACGAUUGCAACCUCUGCGACAAGUACGGCACGGCCAUGGUGAACACGGGCUUCGUCAUCGCGCAGAACCUGCCCUACACGCGGGAGAUUAUGGACGUGUGGAUGGCGUGUACGGCGGGGGGUACCAGGUAUGGGGCCGAGUGCGGGAAGUGGAAGGAGGAGUGGGCGCAUGAGCAGAGCGUGUUUUCGGAUUAUCUGAGGUAUGAUUAUAAUCCUGAGGGGGAUAAUAUUCGGGAGCUCAACUGCGGAGAAGCCAACGGUUUCCCCGGCCACGGCUGGUACGAUCCCGUCGAUUGCAACGGAAAAUUCAUCCGCCACCAUACGUUUGUCAAGGAUCGGACGAAAACAACUACCUCGGAGGCCAUCAUGCAAGCAUUCAUCGACAUCAUGAAGACCAAUUUCGCUAAAGUGGGCGGAGACAUUGUCGUCAGCGAGGAGAAGGAGAAGAAGAAGGCGACGCCGAAACCCGAGGUGAAACAGGAAGAGGACAAGGAGGGUGAGAAGGCGCAUGAGCAGGCGCAUAACAGGAGGAGCGCCAUUUGGCAUGAGCCGCUCAAGAGGAGCGAGGUGUCUUGA